AUGACUGAACCUACAUCAGAAAAUCCCGAUACAACAGAAAAUCCCGAAACGCAUUCAUGGUUCGGGCAAAUCAAAGAAGCUAUUGAGCAUGUAGCGGAGAGUUUUCAAUCUGCAAAAAUUGAUGAAAAUGUUGUGAAAGCUUUUGAUGAUUUGGAUGAUAGAGUUAUUGAAAAAUUAAAGGACACUACUCUUUAUCCCGAACUUGAAUGGGAUGCAACUGUAAGAAUUAGUAAUGAUUUAUGUGAAGAAGAAAAAAAAUUUAUUCAUGAUAGAAAACUUUUUAUCCGUGAAGCAUUUGCAAAAUAUGUGGGAGUUGACGUUAGUGAAAUUCAUGUUGAUGAUAUUCCAGUAAUUACAUUUAUGGGAAGCGGUGGAGGAUUUAGAGCUAUGAUUGCUGUUACUGCUUACCUCAAAGCUCUCCAAGAUUCUGGACUUUAUGAUUGUGGUGUAUAUCUUACAGGUCUCAGUGGCAGUUGUUGGAAUAUGGCUCAACUAUAUUCAACGAUUGCUCAAUCACAUGAGAAUCCGAUUCAAGCAUUAUUAGAUUUUUAUAGAACCCAACUUACACAUAAUAUUGUUAAUGCACGUGGAGUCUUAAAAGGACUUUCUGAAACUUCUGAUACAAAAACAGCUGUUGAAUUAGUAUUUGGAUCUUUAAUUCAGAAAAAAGCCACCGGGGUGAAAUUAUCAAUUAUGGAUGUUUACGGUGCAUUGUUAGCCGCAAAACUUAUGAUUGACAAAGAUCCCACAAAACAAUUUGGUGAUUUUAAAUUGAGUGAACAAAGAAAAUAUAUUGACGGUGGAAAGAAUUUAAUGCCUCUUUAUGUUGCAACUUCUCAUAUUCGUCCAUGGAAAGAUGCUCUUGAAACAAAAGAAGCAGCAUUAAUUCCAAAUUACGAAGAACUUUUCGAAAUACAUAAAAAGAAGAAAGAUUAUUAUCAGUGGUACGAAUUUAAUCCUUAUGAAAUUGGAACAUGGAUUCCUUCUUGGGCGUUCGGUAGAAAAUUCGAAUUUGGAAAAACUGUUGAACGAUUUCCUGAACAAAAUUUUGGCUUAUUAAUUGGUUUAAUGGGUGCUGCACCUGCUGCUCCACUUAUUUCAGAUAUUACUCAAAUUCAAUUAUUCCUUCCUGCGGGAAAUUUUAAAGAUCAAUUUAAAAACCUUUAUGAUGAAGCCAUGGAAAGAAUUGGAACUCAAAAACAACAAGAAUUUGAAGGACAUCAUCCAAUUCCACAACCACAUAAUUAUAAUUUUUCAUAUCAUCUUCAUCCAUCGCCACCAUAUCCACUUGGACUCACCAAUAAUGAAAUAAUUGACCUCAUCGAUUCUGGUGUAUCAAAUGAUUUUCCCAUGUAUCCCAUAACUCAUCCAAAUAGAAAGAUUGAUGUUGUCAUUGGAUUUGAUUGUUCAAGUGUUAUCAUUGAUCAUAAAUUUUUUGAUGACGAACAAGAUUUUUUCUGUAAACGAAGAGGUUUCAAUAGAGUUACUCGUGACGUGACUAACAAAUAUUGUGAAAUUUAUGAUUACAUUCCAACCGGCGAAACUGAUGAUGAAUUUUUACCUCCCGCACAAAAGCAAUUUGUAUUAUGUUAUAUGCAAUAUUUUCCUAAUGAUAAGGUUGAUCCCAGUUUUGUACCUAGUAAAGCGAAAUUUGCUGCUUUCAAUAAUUUCGUUUAUACCACUGCUCAAGUUGAUUUAAUGAUUAGAUUAGCAAAAGAAAAUUGGUUGGAAUCCGAAAAACAAGUUAAGGAAAUUAUCAUUGAUACUUGGAAGAAAAAAAGAGAUGCAAGAUUGAAUGGAACCAAUUUUCCAUAA